GUCAUAAACGUAAUAAAUAUGAGACGCGGCUCACAUUUUUAGUUGGUCGGUUGAAGUCAGAGGAGUUUCAACAAACGACAAGAAGACUUUUUAUUGCUCGAGAACGAUAAAUACGAUGGAGAACGGCAAAGUGGAAAACCGCGUCUCAGAAACCAUCGACAGCACCGCUCACUUGGACUGUAAUCUGAACUCUGAUAAAGAAAACAUGGAGGACACGGUGGAGUUCAGGCUCAUGAUGGCUUACGCUCAGAGGCGGCGGCCAGCGAAAGUCAACACACCCAAAGAAAACGGCUCGGCAGCAGAACAAUCGCUGACUCAGACAUCUGGAAAGACUGAAAACAAGGAGGAAGAGGUGGAGGAGAAGAAGAAGAAGAAGAAAAAGAAGAUAUGGAGGCAUCUGAAAGUGAUUUUCAAGUGUGUUCAGCCUCAGACGGUGGAGCCAGAAUCACCACAGGAUGAUGACCUCACCGACCCCAUGUACCGAAAAUUUGUUCCUGAAGACGAAGAAGUUGAAGAUCAGGAUGCGAUGCAGGAAGUGGCGGACCGAGUGAUCGGGAUUGCCGAUGAAUUUGAUUUCACUACCGAAAUGGAUCCGUGCAUCGAGUCCGAUGCAGGGGAAGAUGAUGUGGAGAAGAUGAUUGGUCUGCUGCUGAGGGACGAAGGCGACCGGCUGACAGAAGAGUUUGACCUGGCGCACAUUGCUGCAGACCUUUUUUUAGACUACAGCUUCUUCGCGAGGCUUCUCAACAGAUUUCUGAUCCGGAUCGGCUUCAGGAGACCGGACUCUGACGCCUUAGGACCCCAAGCAGCCAACAGAACCCAAAUCGCUGCCGCCUUAGAGAUUACAAGUCGUCUCGCCUCUGUGGAGGCAUUGCCCAAAGUCAAGUUAUAUAAACAUGGAGCUCGAUAUUUGCAGGAAUAUUAUUCAUUGUGGGCUCAAACGCAGGGUGGAUACGAGGCAGUGUUUCCUGAUGAAGAGGAAGUUGACUGAUUUGGAAGUUGAUUAUUCAUUACAAGAACAACAACAACAA